AUGGGAGUUGAUUUAAUUUUCUUAGUUUGACUUGGACUAUGUGGGCUCGUCUAUAUACCUACCGGCGCAUUGCUUUUCUGAUGGUCACAUACAAAGCCUAUACGAAACCGCUCCCCUUAUAUGGUCUCAAUCAUUCACUGGAGCAAUUUUUUUGAGACUUGUGUAUUUCUAAUUACCCUUUAUUUAUAUUUUCACGGAAUUCACCACAACUUGACCUUAGAAAUUAUUUUUCAAACUUUGCAAACCCUACUACAUUGUUCAUUCAUUAUCCCUUAUCUACUUAGGUGCUAUCGUAUUUAUUUCGUUUUCCACUUAAUCCGCUCCUUGAGCGAGCAAAAACAUGGAAAAAAUCUUAUUUUCUGGGAAAAAAAUCGUGAAAAUGUUUUAAAAAAAAAAUUUUAAUAAUUUUUAUAAAGAAAUCUUUAUUAAUUCUGUAAUUGCUUGCAUUUUAAAACAUAAAUUUUGCAAUUAAAUUUUACUUUCUGAAUUUUUUAAAUUUAAACAAAAAAUUAACCUUUUGGGCAGGAAAAUAUUUUUGCAUAGGAGGAUGAAAUUAGAAAAAGGCUGGGAUGAGAAUGACAGCAAAUUCAGAAAAAAUAUACACAAAGCGUCUCAAAAAUGACUAUUCAAAAUAUAUUGCACUUCUAUGAUACCUGUGAUUAUAUUUGCAUCCUUUAACUUUAUUAUUCCUGGAUUUCAUGGCUAUUUCCCAACUUCUUAUUAUGAAAGAAAUGCUACAGAGAAUUCGAUAACUGAGAUGGCUUAUCUUUUUAUACUUUUUGUGGAGGAAUUAGCAUUUGUUUUCUUUGUGUAUAAAUUAAAGGACGUAAAUGAUGACUAUAGAUAGAUUAGAAAACUCUUCGUUCUAGCAGGACCGGAGAUUUCCACCCCUGCAUACUUAUUGUUCCUUACUCCCCCCCCCCCCCUCCGUGAGCGAACAAAAAAAUUUUGUUCGCUCACGGAGGGGGGUUAAUUUUUUUUUUUUAAAAAAAAAUUUAUAUAUAAAUUUUAUAAAAAAUAUUUUUUUCGAAAUUUAAAAAAAUCCCUAAUUUGCAAAAAUUGGGAAGCAAAUAUUAAUUUAAUUUGCAAAAUUUAUGUUUUAAAACGCAAUUUGUUUAAAAUUAAACAGAAUUAGCUCUAGAUUUCAUUAUACUAAUUAUCACUUAUAUAUCAAAAUUUUUUUCCAUUAAAAUUUUUUCUAUUAAAAAAAUUUUUGUUCACUCACUCACGGAGGGUGGGUUUUUGGUCAAAAAAAUGGCGAUUUUUCUAAUGGUUUUGUUCGCUAACGGAGGGGGGGGGGGAGUUAGGAACUCCGGCAGACACUUUUCAUCACCGCCGCAGGCAAGAAAUUAGUACAGCAGAGCCUAUAAGCCCACCACCUGAGUUGAAACUCCCAAUUUCUCGUCACCUCUUGAAUCCUGUUAGAGGGAUUUGCUGUCCACCUAGGGCUUUUGCUGGUCCUGCCCUUUUCAAUUAUGGUCUUAGAGGCAAAAACUCAAAGUCCCAGAGAUUAUAUGCCAAGGUCCAAGAAAACCUAGCCCAAUAUACACAAAGGAUUACCGACCUCUUCAUAGCAGGUGCUGAAGAAAAAGCUUCAAGAGGUCGAGUGGUUUGCUGUCAACAUUCAUCUAUAUGAAUGAUGACUAUAAAAUGACAAGAGAAGUCACAAUAGUCUGCUUGUUAUGGACGCUAAAUGGAAUUGUGUCAACAAUUCCAAGCAAAACGAUCUGGAUGAUUGAAGGGACCAUUAGAAACAAUUUGAUUAUGUUAUUAAGCUCUUUAUAUCCUGUUUUGCUUGCUGCCAAAGGAGACUCAUUCGAAGAUGUAAUUACAUUAGAAGUUUUAGAAUCUCUAGAGCUUAUUUUGCAAAAUGAGCUUACAUUAAAUGCUUUUGAAAAAGCUCUUGCCAAAGAAAUCCCAAAAUUGACUAAAAUUCAGUCAUAAAUAAAAUUCUAUGAUGGAGAGAAAAUUAGAGGAGUUAAUUUUGCUAGAACAGAAUGCCAUUUUAUUUAUUGGGUUAAGUUUUCUUUUGAGAACUUCUGUAAAGCAAUAGCAGUUAACUCUGGCUGAUAAGCCGAGGCAUUGCUCCAAGUACUUCAAGAGGCUCGAAGUUUUACCUCUCAACACACCGAGCGAUGCAACGCAGCCCGUCGAAGCCGGAACGCGAUAUUUGCCAGUGUCAUGGCGUAAAAGUAGAUCGAUCCACAGGUCCAUGGGCCCGACACGUGGACAACUAUGGCGGCAGCUCUGAAAACGGCUACCCGUAGUAGACUUUAAACGAUAUAAAUUAAAUAAGAUAAGAUAAAACUAAAAUUCAGUCUGCCCCUGAAUAUUUACAGAUUUGGCUUAAGUGUGAGUAUUAUCAAAACUACCCUUCUGAUGAGCUAGAAAAAGAAAUAGUACUUACAGCUAAAGCAUUGUCACGCGUCCAAGCAAAUGAUGUGGAGAAUAUUGAAUAUGAAGUCUAUAAAGUUUUAAGCCAAAUACUUUUUCCACUAUUUAAAAAAACUAAAACUUAUCAGAAUCUCCUGAAAAAUGUGGUCCAUCAGCAAAUUUAUACAAACCGGAUACUGCAGACAUCGUUUACACUUGAAUCUGAUUUUGAGUAUUCAAUUAUGAGCCAUAGCUUCGACUUGUUAGCAAGCCCCUCGGUCUAUUCUCCAUCUCCAUCUAUCAUUUCCCGAAACCCGUCUGCACUUUUAUAG